AGUUUUAAGGUAAAAGAAACUACAAGGGUUGAAUGGAAGAGCGUGGAUAUCACCCCUGACUCUCCUUCCCAUUAAGAAAGGUUCUUCUGAGCCUUGUUCGGAUUACCUACACGCGCACCUGAUAUAUUAGAUUGGCUUUUACAGGAAAACCCCGCACCAAAAUCCAUUUUCCUUCAUUUCCUUGCUAUCACAAAUAUUCUUUUUAGGAUGCUCUGCAAAAUUUGUACAGAUCUAUUUCUAGCAAUAAGGGAGAACGUCGACCAAUUGCGCAUACAACUGGAAGAAAAUUGCAAGCCAAAUUUUGAGCAACGGGUGUUCGAACAUCAUGCUUCUUAUGACGCAUUCCAAGACGCGGUUUCAAUAGGUUUUCGUCUUUGUAGAAAGGUAGAUUAUCUUGCAAAAGUGCAAUUCCAUGGCAGUGGGUACAAAGACUUCAGACUGGCUUGCCUCUGGCAGUAUACUCAAAUAGAUACAGCUGCAAAAUGGAUUAUUGAACUUAAUCUUAGAUAAUCGUCAAAAGGGGCUUCCAUUUUACAUUGUGACCUUGUAACAGUUGAACCGUCUAAAGGUAGAGUUAGCCAGUGAUUUUGGAGUUUCUCUAAAGCAUGCUAAUCAACUACUAUCUUAGAUCGACUUUCAGUUCUUGGCUUUCACGAAACUUUUAAUACAGGUAGUGAGGCUUCUUUUGCACUCGCCAAUCAC